GCUCUUAAUAACCUAGACAAGAGAUGAGAGGCAUCUCCCAAUAUUACCUUCUUUUUUUAUUCUUCAUUGUUUUAUAUCUUAAAUGAACUCUGGAUUUGUGAUGACAUUUUUCACAAUACAAGAAAAAAGAUAAGUGCUCAACCUGAGCACUCUUAAUCCACUUGGAAUUUAGAUGGUGCUAUCUAAUGACUGACUCAAACCCUGACAUGGCUCCCGUGUAGGAAACUACUACAGGCAGUGAUGGCUUGGGGUCUUCUUGUUGCAUGUCCGCCUUUGGACUAGAAGCUUGCGGCGUGCCAAGGGGAAAAAUUCCAGAACCAAAGACACUCACAAGCUUACCAUUCUAAACGCUCAGUUUACAACUGUGUCUGAGGCAUCAUAAAAGCUGCAUGUGAAAAUGAAAACUCAUAGAGACCCUCAGUGUCUGCACAACCUUGCCUACCACCCACGAUGGCGGCACCACUCUGUUAAAGUAAUAAGAAAGAGGCACAUAUGGACGGUGAUCAUGAAUAGUUUUGCUGAGUGUAGAAUGUUUGAAUUAUCAUCAGCAUCAUUAUCAUCAAAAUCCUUGUCAUCAUCAACACCACAGUUGCCAUCAUCCCCAGUGCAGCACACCAGAAGAUCAAGGGGGAACUGGUUUCAUCUUCUUUUACUCAUGAUCACAAUAUUCCCCUGUCAAGCCUGGGCAACAACGUUCAAGGUGGCCCUGGUUGGACCCUGGACAUGUGACAUCUUGUACUCUAAGGCUCUCCCCGACUUGGCAGCCCGUCUUGCCACCAGUCGUAUAAACAAGAACCCCUACCUCAAUAAAGGUUACUGGUAUGACUACACACUGAUUAAUGAGGACUGCAAGUCAACUCGUGCCCUUGUUCGCUUUGCUGAUAUAGAAAGUUACGGGUCGGCUUUCUUGGGCCCUGCUAAUCCAGGCUACUGUUCCUCAGCUGCUCUAUAUGCAAAAGAGUGGGAUGUCGGCAUUCUGUCCUGGGGUUGUCUCAAACCCAACAUGAAUGCAGGAGACAAAUACCCUACAUUCCUAAGGCCGCUGCCACUGUCCGCCCAUGUUAUUUUCACUGUGUUAAGGUAUUUUCGGUGGGCUCAUGUGGCCAUCAUCUCAGAGGAAACAGAUAUUUGGGAAGCCACAGGCCAGGAGUUGGCCACUUCCCUCAGGGACCUUGGACUGCCUGUAAACCCUGUUGUCACAAUGGAGAGUGAUAAGGACGGGCCUCGGAGAGCUCUUACAAAAGUGAGGCAAGCAGAUCGAGUUAGAGUGAUCAUCAUGUGUAUGCCCUCUGUCCUGAUUGGUGGCCAAGCCCAGUACCGGCUCCUGACCACAGCCUUAGCCAUGCGUAUGAUAGACCGUGGCUAUAUUUUUAUUACCUACGACACUCUACUGUAUUCCCUACCUUACAAAGACACAAACUACUACAUGCUAGGAAAUGAUACCAAGCUCCGAAAAGCCUAUGAUGGGGUUCUCUCUAUCACUAUGGAGUCUGGGGAACGCAAUUUCUAUGAGGCCUUCAGAGAUGCUCAGAACUCUUAUGAAAUACGCAGCAGUGCUCCACCAGAACAGGUUUCUCCAUUCUUUGGCACCAUUUACAACAUGAUGUACUACAUAGCUAUGGCUGUUGAAAAAGCCCGAUUAAGUGACGGCCUCUGGGUAUCAGGUACAAUCCUGGCAGACAGUGAGGGAGACUUCGAGUUUGAAGGAUUCAAUCAGCACUUGCGGGCCGGAAGAAACGGGGAAGGGAUGCAGGCCGGCUACGUAGUGCUUGACUACAGUGGCAUGGGAACCUCACUCUACUCCACGCAUUUUCUCCAUGCUAGUCACACAGAUGGCAAGACGGGGGGCUUGAAAUAUCUUGGUCGCUCCGUACACUUUGCAGGGAGCACUCCCUACACAGAUUCAAGUUGCUGGUUUAGUCCAUACUUUGCUUGUACUGGAGGAAUGGAUAUGACCACGUUCCUCUUUUUAUUGGUGGUGUUCAUUCUGUUGUUGGGAGGUGUUGUAAACUUCUUUCUUUAUCUAAAAAAACAAGGCAGGGUUGGGUUCAGCUUUGGUGGUGAUGGAAAUAGUGGCUCAUCGAAGGUGAUCCUGACUCUUGAUGAUCUGGUCUUUAUCAAUACCCAAGUCAGCAAACGGAAGCUAAAUGAUGAAAGCAUCAUGAAAAGCCAAGGGGACAUGAAGACGCCUCACCACUCUGUGUCUGGUCGUAGCUACCUAGCCUCCACUCCUGACAGUUCAAACGUUGCAGUAUUUGAGGGUGACUGGGUUUGGUUAAAGAAAUGUCCGAUAGGAACAGUUUCUAGUGUAAGUGGAAGCACGGAGGUGAUCUUUGUAAAGCUAAGGGAGAUGAGACAUGAGAACCUAAAUCUUUUUCUGGGCCUGUUCUUUGACUCUGGCAUUUUCGGCAUUGUGACGGAGCACUGCACUAGGGGAAGCCUGGAGGAUUUACUGGGCAAUGAGGAUGUGCGUCUUGACUGGAUGUUCAAGUCUUCCUUGUUAAUGGAUCUCAUCAGAGGAAUGAAGUACUUGCAUCAUCGCAACAUAAUUCAUGGGAGGCUCAAAUCCCGUAACUGUGUGGUGGAUGGGCGCUUUGUGCUGAAGGUGACAGAUUAUGGGUUUAAUGAAAUUCUGAUGGCACAAAACAUAGAAAAUGACGACGAAAAGCCUGAAGACUUGCUUUGGACUGCUCCGGAGCUUCUGCGAGACCCAAGUCAGAGGAGGAAAGGCACUUUCUAUGGAGACGUUUACAGUUUCGCCAUAAUCGUGCAGGAGAUCGUCUCUCGCUCUUCACCUUUCUGCAUGCUGGACAUGCCUCCAAAGGAGAUCAUAAACAAGGUGAAAGAUCCUCCACCUCUGUGUCGACCCAUUGUAUCAGUGGAAGAGGCUCCUUUAGACGUAAUUCAGUUAAUGAAACAAGCCUGGAGUGAAGAUCCAGAGAAGAGGCCAACAUUUGAGGAUAUCUUCAAACAGUUCAAGGGUGUCUCAAAAGGGAAGAAAACUAACAUAAUUGACUCAAUGCUGCGAAUGUUGGAGCAAUACUCCUCAAACUUGGAGGACCUCAUCAGAGAGAGGACUGAAGAGCUGGAGAUGGAGAGGCAGAAGACAGAUCAACUGGUGGCUCAGAUGUUGCCCAAGUCUGUGGCCCAGGCGCUGAAGCUGGGCAAGCCUGUGGAGCCGGAGCAUUUCAGCGAGGUCACGCUGUACUUUAGUGACAUUGUGGGUUUUUCCACCAUCUCAGCUCUGAGCGAGCCCAUCGAGGUGGUUGACCUGCUCAACGAUCUCUAUACGCUCUUUGAUGCCAUCAUUCCACUGCAUGACGUAUACAAGGUGGAAACCAUUGGUGAUGCAUACAUGGUAGCUUCUGGAGUCCCCACCAGGAACGGCAACCGUCACGCAGCUGAAAUGGCCAACAUGUCUCUUGAUAUUCUGAGCCUGAUUGGAAGCUUCAAGACUAGACACAUGCCUGACCUGAAAAUCCGGAUCCGCAUCGGCCUGCACUCCGGUCCAGUUGUUGCAGGAGUGGUCGGCCUGACGAUGCCUCGGUAUUGUCUUUUUGGAGAUACGGUCAACACUACAUCUCGAAUGGAGUCCACCAGUUUGCCUUACAGAAUCCAUGUUAACCAAACGACAGUCGACAUCCUGAACAACUUGCAGAUGGGAUACAAGAUUCAGGUCCGGGGUCUGACAGAGUUGAAGGGAAAGGGUGUUGAGACCACCUAUUGGCUGGUGGGGAAGGAAGGUUUCAACAAGCCUCUGCCGGUUCCCAUGGACACCAAAGACGGAACCAAUCAUGGCAUUGGACUGGAUGAGCUCCCUCCAGACAGAAGACAAAAAUUCCUGGAUCGACAAAAGAAGACAAGCUAAUUCAUGAUCGGAGGCUAACGAUCAUGAUCUGUGAAAUCAUGUUUUUUACAUGCCAAAGACAUGUGCGACAGGAAACGACAAACCAAUGACAUACACAGUGAUUUGGAAUCAGUGAGAGUGUUUUUUGCAAAAAAUGCAAAACUCUGUUUAUAGUUUGAGUACAGCCCUUCAUUAUUAGGUCCAGACUUCUGUAUGUAAAAUACCGUAAGAAGAAUACGACCUUCAAUUGACUGUUGGCAUGUCAGCCGUUUUCAAAGCAAAAUUGCAUAAGAUACUGCAUGGUCUUUCAGUGGAACAUGACAUGUCUUAAAUGUGCUGAUCUGAAGAUAACUAGCAAACAAUGACAGAUAUAAUGCACUGCUGUACCAUGGUUCCUGCCAUGGUUUCUUUUGCUGCAUGUAUUCCUACUAACUAUUUUGAGUUGUAAAGAUGUUGAUCAGAUUUUUCCACAAGCAGCACACUGAGCUCUCUAUCUGGAACCAUAGAGAGCUCUGUCAUGCCAGACUCACUUUAGAGGCUCUGUUUAUUACAAUUACACAUAUAUCAGACAUUACCUCCCAUUACAA